AUGGAGAAGAAAACAAUCCUCCUAGUUUUGGCUUUGUUAUUUUGCUGCAUGAGUAUCCAAGUUCAUUCGAAAUAUCACUCGGAGAACAAGAACGGUUUCCAUUACAAGGAGAAAGUGACCAAUCUCCAUUUCUACCUCUUUGACUUCCUCACUGGGAAAAACCCCUCCGCCGUGGAGAUCGCGCGACCCAACCGUCCCGUGGGGGCAAAAGCUUCCACUCCAUUCGGCCAUAUUUAUGCCAUUGAUGAUCCACUGAGAGAAGGGCCUGAUGAAAACUCAACCGUCAUUGGCAAUGCGCGGGGUUUUUACUUGUCAACAAGCCAAAGUGAGGAUCUAACCCUUCUUAUGAAUGUGGAUUUUGGGUUCACCAAAGGAGAGUUCAACGGGAGCUCCAUCAGCGUGGUUUCGAGGAAUCCGGUGACGGAGCCGCAUAGGGAACUGGCUGUUGUCGGAGGGAGAGGCAAGUUCAGGCUCGCUAGAGGCUUCGCUGAGCUUACAACUUAUUAUCUCAAUACAACAAAUGGUGAUGCUAUUAUUGAGUAUAACGUUACUGUUUUACAUUAUUGAUAAGGUGUAAUAUUAUCCUAAGAUCAAAUAUGACGGAAUGAUUAUCAUUAUAUUAUUUUCUCCAUUUUAA